AUGCAUUGUGGGUUGUUAUAUCCCGACUGAAUAGUUUCUUGUUGACGACUGUCGACAAGCGUCUUGAAAUUUUUUCUUGCCUGAACAGUAACAUUAAAUAAUUUUGGUAAGUUAUGUUCCAAAUUUCUUGUAUACAAUGUUUAGUAUUUGUAUGAUAGAUAAAAUUUUCAGAUUAUUUCUUAAAACCGUUCAAUUUGGAGCAAUGAAAGAGGCCUGACCGACUAGUCACCACUUCCUUCUUUCUUCUUCAUCUCACUCACUCAUCAUUGCAACUACAUACUACGCCACAAAAAUCUGUUAAGAAUUAAACACAAUUUUAAAUAUCUGAGCUAAUUUCAUCAUUUUGUUAAAUAAAUUUCAUUGAAGAGGUUACACGUUUGGUGUAAUUACGAAUUAAGAUUUUAUGUGCCAUCAAAGCAACUCUUUCUCAGAGAGUUGGUAGGAGGUAGGGUCCGAUCACAAGAGUGGAGUGGUGGGGUUCAGUGCAGUAAGUUCAUGUCUCCAGUGACUACUGAUCUAACUUACUUCAAGCUUAACUAUAGAUUGAUCCAACUCUAAACAGAGUUAGUGAGAGAGGUCUGAGACUGGAGAGUUUAGUAAGUUCUUAUAAGUAUAAUAAAGGGGUUUAUAGCACCAAUUCCUCAAGGUUUUCUCGGAAUGACUGACCCAUAAUUUUCACCAUAUUAUAUAUAUUGGUGUUUUCCUGUCAUUGAGGCAUAAUUGAUAAAUCAUGGAUGUUGAGAUUUAAAAAAACUGUUGCAUGGACAUCAUUUGGGUAGGGCUGGGUGGAGCAUAUCCCCCCCCUCCCCUCCCUAUGCAUUUGCAGAUUUUUACUUAAAUUGCUACUAUGUACUGUGAACCGUCUCCAGUAAUAAGCAACUUAACAAGCGGUUGAAGUUUUGUGGUUUUGCCCCCCCCCCCUCCUUUUCUGAAAAUAAAACCUGAAGUGACGCCCCUUCUUUGCUGUCUAUAAAGUAGUCUGGACCAGCAUUCUUUAACCUUCUUAGUACCAGGGCGACCAGGGGUUUAAUUACAGUUUAGCCUAGUUCCUAUAGUAGUAGCCUCUGAUAGUUGCUGGAACCACAGUUUUAGACUGUCCAUCUUUGUGUAUAAGUAUAGGGCAUCUUAGAGAUUUUCAUAUAAUGAAUUACAUUAUAAUGAACUAUGAUCAGGAAAAACAGUUGUGUUUUUUAUACUUCUUGAAUCUUGUUUCAGUGACCUGUUUCUAAGAAUUUUUAUGUGAACUGAUAAAAUUUACAAUGGGUAUGGUGACUAAGGCAGCUUCUGAAGUUUGAGACCAAUGGGCCACCUUAUCAGUUUCUUGGGUUUAAAAAACAAGUACUCCAGUCCCAACAUUAAAAUUGUUUUUUUCCUCAUAUUUUCUGAUGUGGUGAAAUGGUAGUUAUUCUAAAGUAUUUAAAUACAAAUUUUUCAGGUUACCCACACUCUACAAAGCUUUUUGUUGUGAUUCCUUUUUUAUGUGCAAGAGCUUGUAACUGACUGGUCAAAGAUAAGCAGCAUACUGGACUCACAGUCAUCCAAGGGUGGUGUUUCUCCACACUUAGGAGGACGGUAGGUGUUGUUUUUUUGUUGUUUAAUUUUUUUAACUUUUAAUAUUAUUAAAGUAAUCUUAUGUCUAAGAUAACAUGUUAAUCAUAUUUUGUGAUACCAAACAAUUUUUGUCAUUUUUAGGGACGAGAGACCACCCACUCUCAAAUCCGGUUCGGGCGCAUCGUCGCCUAUUCCUAAUAAUCGAUGGGUACCACCCAACAGUACUCCAAGGGAUGGUGUCAAACCCAAAGACAAAAAUGACCAAAUAUUUAGACGAGUCAGAGGGUAAGUUUGGUGUUCAUUUUGAGAUUUCCUCCUACCAGCGUUUUCAAAUUAGAAUCGACAUUUUUAGUAAAAAUUGCAGAACAUCAAUAUUUUGUAUGUGUGUGGAAAUUUGUUUUAGCUUUUUGUUUCUUUUUCACAGAAUUCUUAACAAACUUACUCCUGAAAAGUUUGACAAGCUGAGUCUUGAACUUCUAAAUGUAGGCAUUGAAACACAAGUUAUCCUUAAAGGAAUUAUUCUCCUGGUAAGAAUUUUGUUUAAAAAAACAACAAAAGGAUAAAUUUUAAAAUAUUUUACAAUAAAUCAGCAAAAUCAUGUGUUUCAUAUUUGUUACUAUUCUCAUAAAUAUUAUGAAACAACUCUGCAGAUUUUUGAAAAGGCUUUAGAAGAACCUAAGUAUAGCUCUUUGUAUGCUCAACUGUGUCAUAGAUUAUGUGAGGACUCUCCAAACUUCGACCCCCCUUCCAACAAUAACGUCACAGUAAGUUUUUAAACUUUAAGGAAAUUAUGGAUAUUCACUGAUAAUUUUGUGCAUAUAAAAAUAUUUUUCGCUUAUUAUAUUUGAUCAUGUAUGAUUUUGUUUCCAACACUAUAAACAUUGAUUUUCACAGACUUUCCGAAGGCUCUUGUUAAACAAGUGCCAAGAUGAGUUUGAGAAUAGGUCUCAUGCAACAGAAGGUAAUUUUGUUGUUUCUACCUUAUAUUUUAAGCUUUUGCUGACAUAUGCUAUGUGUAUCAUAAGUAUUAUGAAUUUUAGUAUUUUGUAAAACUUUACUUUUUUUUCUCCAUUUGUGUGCAGCAUUUGACAAGAAAGAUGUGGCACUCACAGAAGAGGAGUGUGAGCAGUACCACAUUGUCAAGAAAAAGAUGCUUGGAAACAUCAAGUUCAUUGGUAAAUAUUUUUUUUUCUAUUGUUAGUUUGCACCUACAUUUUAUUACUUUUUGAGUUACUUAAAUAUUUUUUACAAUGUUAGGUUAAUAAGUUUAAUAUUUUUUUGCAGGUGAACUUGGUAAACAUGACAUGUUGCAUGAAGGGAUUCUUCACAAGUGCAUCAAGCAAUUGCUGGAGAAGAAAAAGAAUGCUCAGCUUAAAGAUAUGUCGGAGGACCUCGAGUGCCUGUGUCAGAUAAUGCGCACUAUUGGCCCGCGCAUAGAUGUACCUAAAGCACGGGUGGGUAAAUUUUGUUAACAUCCAGUGUAUUUCAACAAAAAGUGAUUCAAAAAUAUUCAUAAAUUGUACUUCAGAAUUAUGAAUCCCAAGUUUUACAUGUACUAUUUUUCAGGCAUGGAUGGACCAAUACUUUGAGCGAAUCAACCAGUUUGCUACCAAUAGCGAUCUUCCCUCGCGCAUUCGUUUCAUGCUUCAGGAUGUGAUUGAGUUGCGAGAAAAUGAUGUAAGGAUUUUUAUAAUAAUUUUUUGUCUUAAUGCGUCCUUGUAUUUCAUAGAAGUUCUCAAAUAUUAUUCUAUAUUUUUAACACUAAUGGUUAAUACGUGCUGGCAAAGUUCUUUUAAAAAAUUUAGGAAAAGUAGAAACAAAGUUUUUAUUUUAUUUCAGUGGAAGCCACGCAAAAUUGCCUCAGAGGCAGGACCCAAGACCAUCACACAGAUUAGAGAAGAGGCUAGUGUUAAUGUAAGUAUAAUGUUACAAUAUGAAGGUUGGUAAAAUGAUUGAUACAUAAAUAACUUUUUAGUAAGUUUCUCUGUCUCGGUAUGGUGUAUCAGGUAAUAACAGUAUUGAAUUGUAGUAUAUCUUUAGCAAUAUUGCAUGGCAUGUUUUUAUACAGUAAAAUUUCUCAUCUAUUAGGGUCGUGGCAGCCAGAACAACCAAUCAUUACUGCAAUCUCGCAUGAUGAAUAUGAACAAUAUCCCAGGAAACAAUUGGAAGGGUGGAAUGGGAGACAUCUUUAGUAUGCCUGUUGGCUCUAUGGGUAAUUGAAGCAAUGUCCAUUACUUUAGCAAUCAUACAUUGCAGUUUAUAUGUGUUAACAAAAUUUUGUAGAUCUCGUAGGUAGUGCAAUUAACUGUUUGCCAAUUUUCUAGGUAAUGCAAUUGGCGUAGGUCCAGGAGUAAUUCAGAUGGAUCCCUUCUCUUCAAUGCCUAAUUCAUUCAACAACAAUAGGAACAGGUUCAAUCAGCAGAAUCCCAGUACGUUGCCUUAAAUCUUUUUACUCUUAUUUAAAUCGCUGAAUCUUUCAAGAUUGGUUUAAGUGUAUAGAAAUACUGUUUUUGUUUCAUUUUAGCUAUGUAUGAACAAGUAAGCUGAUGUGGAAAAAUAGUUUGUAUCAUGAUUUCUGUUUAAAUGAUUAGUUUGAUGACUGAAAAAUAAUUAUAAGGGGUUUUAUAUCAUAUCUAUUAGAAUAAUAUAUUUCAAUAUCAGUUCUUUUUAGUUUAGAUACUACUUUUGAAAACUAAUAAUUUCUCAACUCAAUUUUUAUUCUGCAGGUUACCAGAAUAAUUUCCAAAACAACUUCAACAACAAAGGCAGGGGAAAUCCUCAGCAGCAGGAUGGUGGGAACAACACCAGCCCCAACAAUCGGCGACGCAACAACCACCAGGGUGGAUAUGGCAAUCAACAGGGUGGGGGAGGUAGUUACGGCAACCAGCAAGGUGCUGGAGGUGGUGGUGGUGGUGGUUACAACAAUCAGCAGCAAAACUUUCAGCCCAACAACCAUUUCCAGCAGCAACAGCACCAGAACAAACAAGGAGGUGAGAGUGAGUUUUAAAAAAAAAAUUCACUCAAAUUCUUGUUAGAAGAUAUAUAUAUAUUCUACAUACCUGGUUUUAAUUUUUCAUUUGUAAUUAUUUUAUUAGUUAAGAAUUAGCUCCAUUAAUUUACAUAACUUGUUAACGUAAUGAUUCACAUGUUGUUUUUUCAGCUGGUGGAAACAGAGACUUGCCUCCUCGAUUCCAGCGUAUAGCUCAACAACAGCAGAAUCAGCAGCAGACUCAGGUUGGACCAGUGACAAAUGGCCUUCACAAUGUCAUGUUGUCUGGAUCAGUGGGCUCAGCUCCUUUAGGAGCUCCCAACCAGCCUUCUCCUUCCAGCUCCCCACCACUGACAAUUCCGCCCGUGGUUAAUGGGAUCAAGGAGGAAGUGAGCCUUCGCCCGGUCAAGAACUUCACCAUGUUUAAACCCAACACUCCAUCAAUGCUGCCGAGGUCAGCUCAAGCACAACACCCCCCUCCAAGGGAGACUGGAUUUGCAGCCAAGAAGAGUACAGACAUAUCUGAAAUGCUGAACCCAUUGCUUGACAAACAGGUAUCAAAAGUAGCUCUUAAGAAUUUUAAAAAAAAAUCUGUUAAGAGAUUGGUGGUGUUAACUUACUCUAAAUCUCUAUAGUGUGUAGUGUUAUUUGUUUGUUACACAAGAGUUUUUGCAUGCAUCAGAGAUUAUGUCUUGCCCUGUCAAAAAAAUAGUUUAUUACUUACUAGCCUAGUCUAUUUUUUAACAGCAGCAGCAGCAAAAUCAACCACUUGUUGCCAAGCAGACUAAAGAGGAUAAGACAAAGUCUCCAGUCAAAGAGAAACUUACCAGAGAGAAAAUGAUUGAGAAACUGGUUUGUUUUGUUAUAUUUUUUUCAAUAAUUUUCCAUAACAAUUAAUUUUUAAAGAUUUUUGCAGUCCUGUAAACUCUUACGAUUUUGAUGUGUAUAUAUUAUAUAUACUUUUUAUUUAUUUUUAUUGCUAUUAAGAUAAUGUAUUCAACGAUUUUGUCAUGAUAUUGUACAAUUUUAAUAGUUGGAGGGUAAAUAGGUCUGUAUUUGUACACAAAAUUUCGUUAAUGGUAUUUAUUUGUCUUUAAGAAUUAAAUUUGUCUGUUUGAGACACCUGAGAAACAAAUUUAAAGCUUGAUUUUUGGUUUGAUAGCUUUUUAAACUAACUUUCUCCUCUCCAACUCUCUAAGAAAUAUCUUCUGUCUGAGUGCUAUGUGAGUCACAGCCUGACUGAUGCUGUAGCAGAUAUUAAGGACAUGAACCUUUCAAAGAAGAUGGUUCCAGAUCUCUUGGCUCAAAUUAUGAUGGACUCUCUAGAGAAAGGAGGUUGGUUCAAUAUACAAAUAAUAUUUUAUAAUUAGUACAUAAUACUGUAUAGUUUAAAGCUGUAAAUGUUGUGUUAUAAUUUCCCAUUGUUUUGCAUAAUAAGAGUUGUGCAUUUUCUUUUCCUUUUUGCAGAUGCCCAACAAGAGUUGUCAAUGAAACUGAUUGAUGAGUUAAAGUCUGAAAACAUCAUUACUUCAGAUCAGUUUAUGGAGGUUAGUAUCUAGCUUUGUUUAUUCACUGAAAAGCUUUUCUACUCUUAAGUGGCAAUUAAUGGGAUUUGAAAUGCCUAUGACUUAAUCUGGUUUGUUGGGUUAUAGGCUUAACUUUGAUAUGUCUUUCCAGGGCUUUCAUCAAGUUUGUAACCGAAUGGGUGAAUUGGAAACGGACGUACCAUUAAUAAAGUCUCACAUGGCAAGGUUUGGAGCCAUGGCAACUACACUGGGUCUAGUCACUCUAGCAGAUCUUGCUGAGCCUUUUGAGGGUGGUGUGCACUACCCUCUAUUUCUCCUGUGUCUUCAAACCAUGCACAAGAUCAAAGACAAGGAAUGGCUUGUUGAUAAUUUCAACAGAAGUAAAAUUGAUCUGCAAAAAAUGUUGCCAGGUUGGUUUUAUUUUUUCUUUAUUAACAAAUAUUGAUCACUAAUAUUAUCAAUUUUUCUGAGAAAUUUAUAGUAUUGUUUUGCCCGACAGGGCAAUUCAUUUCCAUUGUUGGUCAUAGAUCUGCAGGAUACCAUUUCCAACCUUAUAAGAUACCUUCAAUUUACUCCCGAGCCUGGUCCAACCUAUUAAAAGAAAUGUCUCAGAAUCUCUUAGAGGCAGUGCUCACAAUUGUAAAAAGAAAGCUUUCAAUGUUUAAAAAGUAGUUUAAGGACACAAGACAUUUAGCCAAAUUAUUAUAAGUUGUGUAGGUUUCAAAAUAGAGACCAAAUCAGAUGAUUGAAUUCUCUCUUUUGCAGAACUUGACCAAAAUAAAGAGCGGUUCAUGGAGAUAUUGGAAGAUCGUGGUCUCAGCUUCAUGUUCCCUCUGCUACGCAUUCAGGCAGAAUUAACGAGGCAGAUAGCUGUGGAGCCUACAGCAGCUGCUUUGUACAAAUGGAUUAAAGACAAAGUUGAAGUACCCUUACAAACAGAUCCUGGCUUUAUCAACAUUCUUGUUACAAGGUAAGUCCCUUGGAAAUGAUUGUACUGUUAUGUUUGCGGUUUCCUUUUAAGGACUUUUAAAAAAAGGGGGGGAGAGGAUGAUUAAUAUAAUUUUUUGUCACUAUCUGAAGAAUUUUUUCAGUUUUGUCAUGAAAUUUUUUUUUGUGGUAUUUUUUUUUAUUAAUUACAAAUUUUUUGCUUUAGGUUAGAAAUAAAGUGACUAAUUUUUCUUCUUAUGCUGGAGUGUUGCAUAAAGCAUAUAUUCAUUGAAGAAAUUAAUAAUUAUAUAAACAUUUGUAUUCCAAAUAUAUAGUGAAUCCUUUGUGUUUUAAUCACCUUUCCUUGUCCCUGCAAAUGUCAUUUUAAUUUUUAAAAAUUCCUCAGCAUUCUGAAAUACAUCACUAAUGAGAGUACCUUAAAACCCAACACUGAUACAACUGUGACUCCUGAAAAAGUUCUCAUGGAGAGAGAGAAGGAUCUCUUGGUUCAGCUCAGGGUGAGUCAACAAUUUUAGCUUUCUUUACAAAACAGAGCAAAAAAAAUAUGACUUGUUGGUUGGUAAUUUUUAACAAAAUUAAUAACAUGCUAACAUUUCCUGUAUGUUUCUAGGGUGUUCUGCAGAAGUUCCUUCAAGAUCACACCAACCUACAGAUGUCUGCCCUGUAUGCCGUACAGGUGUUUUGUCAUUCUCAUGGCUUCCCCAAAGGUAUGUAGGCUGAAUUGUUGAUUCAUAUGAGAUAAAGCUUGUUAUCAACUCCUUUUGUUUUAGUUGGAGACCUAAUGCUUAGUUUGAUUAUUCCUGUUCAAAUAAUAGUUGUUUUCAAGAAUGUUGGUUUUGUGAGACUGUUCCAUGUUUAUCUGUGUUGCUAAGUCAGAAACCAACUGGUAAACAGCUACAUAUUUAAUUUGUUGAAUUCAUCCCAAGGUAUGUUCCUCCGCUUCUUUGUUAACCUCUAUGACAUGGAGGUGAUUGAUGAAGAGGUUUAUCUGCAUUGGAAAGAAGAGGUCAAUGACCAAUACCCAGGGAAAGGGAAGGCUCUCUUCCAGGUUAGUUGAUAGGUUGCUGCUGUAGUGAACUUAACUCUGUUUAGUUUGUCUGGUUUCCUUGAGUUUUUUUUAGUUACACCAAGUAAGUCAUUCAGUGGUUAAGAAAAUUUCUUCUCCCUUCUUUUUAUCAUAUUACACCUAAAUGCUCAGAGAUCUGGCCCUAGUUUUUAAUUUAGUGACUGUUGGUCAAAACCACCCAUGGUUAAUCGAAACAAAAAAGAUAUAUAAACAAUACUUAAAAUUUUUAAUUUAUAUGCAUUGUUUAGACCAAUAAAUGAGUCAACACUUAAGUUACAUUUCCACCUUUUAUUUCAAUUGUAGGUGAACCAGUGGCUCAACUGGCUGCAGACUGACAAUGAUGAUGAAGAAUCGGAUGAAGAAGAGGACUGAAGAUUAUUUUCUCUAAGGCUAUAAAUAUCAGAGGGAAUCAGUGCAACUCGAUCGAAAGGAGUCCUCCCUUGUUUUGUUGACUCUAUGGCCUGGAUGGAUUUUUCUGUUGUUUGGGAUUGGUGUCGUUAGGUGUAGGUUUUGUGGAACUAUAUUAACGUAAUUUGUAGACAUUUAUAAGAAGUAUUUAUAUAUCUGCACAGCCAGUUAUGUUAUAGGGAGCUUCUGGGAAAUUAAAAAAGCAAAACAAAUAACAGUAACCAACUACUGAUGUUUUCACAAAAUGAGCUUCGUCUGUGUCUAGAUGAAUCAUUUAUGACAAGACAGCUGCGGUUAAAUGGGAAAUGAACAGAACUAUUUGAAAGGUUGCAGUGUCGCCAUUCACCCUACAAAACUGUGUCAUUCCAUUGUGGGGGAAAGACUUCUUUUAAGAGGUGAUUUGAGCAAGAGCAGAGGAUUUUUUAUUUUAUUUCACUGCAGCUGAUAUUUUAUGUGAUCAAAGGUGGCUGAUUGCUCGCAACAGAUCUGAACGUAGUACACAAGGAAUGGUCAGAAUGCUGCAUCACGGAGGGACAGUUCGAUUUUUUCCUUCAGCAGCUGGAGUUUUUGCAUGAGAUUACCUGUUCCACUUGUUUUUACCAUACACAUUAAGGUCAAUAUUUCUCACACAACUUUUGGAUGUGUUAAUUUUGUAUUUUAAGAAAGAAAGGGGGGAAAAAAAGUCUUAAAUUGUAAAGAUUUUUUUUUUCAAAAGAUUUGUAACUAUGUGUUUGAUGUAAGGUAGGGAAUCGUUCUUUAUGUCUGUGCUUCUCAAAUAACUUUUUACUCAUGCAUGCCUUUGUACACUUAUGACAUAGGAUGGGGGAACGUGUCUCGUGGAAGAUAGUGAGUGUAAAAACAGUUUAUUUCCUACUGCACUAUAUCCCAUCAGCGUACGUUCUGUUCAUUUAGUACAAUAUUAUGGGCUGGGCACCACCUGCAAUUUGGUUCAAAGAGCACUGUUUUUUGGGGAUGCUAGCUUGGGUAAUUGUUACACUGUUACCCCCCACCCCCCACCCCCGGCCAAGUUUGAAUUUGGUAGGCCAAGUUUGAAUUUGGUAGUAGGCAACUUGCUAAAAAUUCUUAAAUGUGCUACCAAACACUGUUUUCAAUUCCCAGCCCUGCAGUUGUCUUAUCAGAAAAAACAAAUGUACGUUGAUAUGCAUAUGGUAUAGCAAGCUAUAAUCUACAGUCUUUGAAUGGAUGACCCAUAGCUACCUUUUCAUAUUUAUAUUCCCUCUUUUGAAUUUUGAGGAAGUUACUUCCAAAGCCAGUGUGCAACAUACUGAAGUGGUGCACCAUUCGAGAUGUCAUUGCUAUCAUAGUGAAACUACUGCAGCAUGCAACUUAGGGUGGAAUGCUGCACAAUUCAAGAUGAUUUUGUGAUUAUUAUGUAAGGAACAUGCAUACGUUUUACCCCCUUUUUUUUUUUUUUAAACACCAAACUAAGAUAUUUGUCACAGAGCUUUUGUUCAUCUUGUUCCAUUCACUUAUGAAUAUUUUUAAUUACACAUUAUUUAGUGCUUAAACCCCAACACCCUCUUUUACAUUAAAGGGCAUUGAUGUCAACAAUUUGUCUACCUGUCUCAUCAUGUAUGUAGACAUUCCUUUUGUUGUCAGAGGCUUUGUAUCAGCAUUGACAAGUCACACAUAACACAAGUUCUUCUUUUCAAUAUCAUGAAUUUGUGUGAAUUUUUUAAUUAUUUUUUUUAACCACCCCAGCUUUGAAAAUAGAACGCCUCUGUGAAAGCUGCUUAUUUGAUCCACAAAGUUGACAUCCAGCACAUCUUUGACAAGCUUUACCUGCAUUUAAAAUUUUAAAAAUCAAAGUACAGUAGAUCUUUUUAUUUCCUCUGACUUUAGUCACUUUUUCUUAUUGAUCUGUUUAUUUACACCCCCCAAAUCAAUGUUCUCCUCUGUUGUGGAUUAAAUCAACAUUUUGGAUUGCCUUUGUCUAUCCAACCAUCUUUUCAUUAUUGCCUCUGUUACAGUCCUGGCUUUUUCUGUGAUUCUUGUUCAUUUGUCACAUAGUUUUCUGUAUUUGAGCUUUCAUUAACAAGUUUCUGGUAUGGUUAGUGCAUGGUUUUUAAUCACUGUGAAAAGUAGAUUUUUAAUUUGUUGUAAACAGUUAACGAAGAAACAAGGCUUGAAAUGGAUUGGUGUUUUUAUUUCUUAUUAGCUUUUUUUUUUUCUUUUCUUUUUUUAUUGAAGGAAUUAAACUUCUGACAUCAUUAAAGCUUUUAUAACAUGUUCACUUAUUUUUUAUUUUUUUUUGGGGUGCUGUUGGGAAGUUGUGAGUGAAUUUUAUUGUCACUUUGCAUUUCAUGUUGUAGUUUUGUGUACUUCUUUUCUCUUAUUUUCUCUCAAGGUCUUUUUUUAAUAUUAGGUUCCCCUUUUCUAUCCUUCAUCUCUUCAAUAAAAUUAAAGACCAUUGUAUUGAAUUUUUACUUGUAUCAUUUUGUAUUAAAAGUGUAUAGUAAAAUAAUGGACUGACUCUUUUUUUUUUUUUUUGUGUGUGGUUGCAAUAGACAUCUAUCUUUCAAAGAAGUUUAAAAAAAAAAUAUAUGUUGUGCAUUCUAUGUUUAACUAGUGUUAAGACUAAAAAUAGUAUCAUAAUUGGUGAGAGUGAGAGGUAGGGUAUCUCAGCUAUAAAUAAUUUGUUUGUUGGGUGAAGAUUUGUCUCUUGAUUUGCUGCUGUGAACUAUCCAGUGGGGUUUCCAGAAGUUUGUUUCAAUGUGUUAGACUGAAAAUUGCUCUAAAAGAAUAAUGGGGGGAAGACAUACAUUAGAGAUUUAUUUUAAAAUUUUAUCAAAUAGCUUACAACUGUCCCAUUUGUCACUGGCAACUUCUUUGUGUUAAAUACGUAGUCUAAGCUAAAUAAAUCUCUUAUGAGCUGUGCAUAUACUAAAAUUGCAACGAUACAGAAAUUAGCAUGGCACUUGCGCAAGGAUGACACGCAAAUUCGUGAAGAAUUCGUGAGUUUGAUUCUUCUAGGAUUUCCAGGUCCAACAUGUUCCCUUAGCUUUCCCGUUAUAUGAGCUGGGAUAAUGUAGGGUUUCAAUGUUAUCUUUUUUUUUCAUCUAACUCGGGGGUCAGGAAUCUUUUUGUCUGAGAGACCCAUGGACACCACAUAUUUUGAAAAGUAAUUCUGUGAGAGCCAUACAUUAUACUUUAAAAUAAAAAUUCAAGUAAAUGAGUG